AAAUAAAAAGGAAAAACUCCGUGAAUAGCAAAUAAACAAUCAUCACACUCGCUAUAAAAUUGAGGUUAUGUCAGGAUUGCUGCUCCAUGUGCAAUUCCCAGCAAUUCCACAAGAUCUCCCCCGAUUAACUGUAAUCCUUUGUCGCCAACACUUUCACUAUUGAUCAAAUGGCAAUUUUACUACUAUCCAGUCCACUUUGACCUCCACCCUGAGCAAGAACUACAGAGAAAACCAUUCCGACCGCGUGGCGUUUUGUACACACACCCAAUUUUUACACAUAAAAGUGCCUUUUCGCAAAGAAAACACCCUCUUUUGGUAAAUCAACACUUGCGGAAAACAUUGGCACAGGAGGAAAAGACGCCUUUCGCCCACCAAUAUGAGGAAGAUCCGAAGAUAUUUGUCUGGAGAUGAGCUUGAGAAGCGCCUGAUCCGAUACUUUCAGCGCCCGCAUAGACUGAACAUCACGCCGUACGUGAAUGAGGACUUCUCCAGCCACUGUUUGGAGCUCACGAAUGGACACAAGGAUUUGCUGCUGUUGCCCACUGACGACAUGCUCGCGAUGAGGAAAGUGAUCUUCGUGGGCGAGAGCGCAGUCGGGAAGACCUCGCUCAUCACUAAAUUCUACUACGGGGAGUUCGAUCCCUCUUACACGUCCACUUUGGGUAUCGACUUCCAGCUAGAAAGAUUCGUGGUGCUCAACUGUGAACAUCGGCUGCAAUUGUGGGACACUGCUGGCCAAGAAAGAUACCGCGCCAUAGCGAUUCCCUUCUAUCGGGGAUCUUCGACAAUCGUGUCCAUCUUCGACAUGAGCAAUCCUUCCACGAUUGCCAGUGCCAUUGACUACAUCUCCAUUGCAAGACUCCACUCCCAGACGGUCAGAAAUUCUCCGACUCCCACUUUUCUCGUGGGAAACAAGCUUGAUCUCCUGACGCCUUGCGAGUAUCGGGAAAUCUCGGAGCGAGGUCAGAAAGUGGCGAAAGAAAUUGGCGCAGAAUACUUCGAGGUUUCUUGCAAAGACACUGCUGGCGUUACAAAGCUUUUCAGGCGAAUCGCUCUGAUCAAUUUUGAAGACUUCUGCGCUGAAAUUCCCAUUCCCAUCGAAAUGAGUCCCUUCGAAAAGUUUAUUUCCAGAAUCUUCCGCCUCAAAAAAAAUCCCGACAGGAAGAAAUCAUGGUGUUUCCUCAAUUGAUUUUCUAUACGGAAAAAAUAAUUUUUUUUUAUAUACAUAUGUAUACGAGGGCGA